GUAAUACCGAAGUCGCAGUUGCUUUUCGAACACUGCCGGGUGCCAAAGACACCGUGGAGACUAACAUUGAAGCCAUUGAGCACGUGAGGAUCAUUCUUUAAAAGGAACAAUGCGCCACAUCGAAGAAAAAGACAACAUAGCUUGAAAGAAAUGAUACCAUUCGAUACCCGCUCACAUAAGGUCUAUCCCACCAACUGCGAAACUCUUAGAAAGCAUCUCCAUCCACUUGAAUCAAACCUCAUAACUCGGGAAAAUUUCUCUGUUGAGCGAGCUGUCUUCCCAAGCAUCUGA